AUGCACGACACCGCCGCGUACCGCCAGCGCGCCUUCUACGCGUUCCUGGCGUCCAUGUCGUCCUUCUCCGUGACGAUCCUCGUCGUCUGCCUCUCGAACUUCCCCGGCCGCCUCGGCGAGCUCGUCGUGCUCUGCGGCCUGGGCACCGUCGGCUGCUGGCACCGCGACGUCGGCCACCUCCUCGAGGCCGCGACGCCCAUCUUCACCGACCCCAAGGGGUCCGACACGGGCCAGGCGGCGCUCGCCGAGGACCACCGCCACGACGUGCCCGUCUGGCGGCCCUCGUCGUCGCUAAACGGCGUCCUCGCGGCCAACCUCCGCGCCGCGACGACGCUGCUGCGCCGCGGCAUUUCGCCCAUCAGCCCGCGCGGCGCGCGCGGGCUCGCGCAGAAGAGCUCCUGGCAGGACGCGGCCCUCGCGUCGGCGACGCAGUCCAUCAAGGGCGUGGGCCAGGUCGUCUUCCUCGACAAGCCCGCCCAGGGCAACGUCGUCCUCGCGGGCCUCGCCUACGGCGACCCGGCGCUCGCCGUGCUCGCCGCGGUCGGCGGCGCGUCGGCGACGAGCGCAGCGAGGCUCCUCGACGUCGACCGCGGCUCGGUCGACGCGGGCCUCUGCUCCUACAACGGCGUGCUCGUUGGCUGCGCCUUCGCCGCGUUCCUGCCCGGCGCG